AUGAUGAUGUCGGAACUUCCGGAGGAUUUGUUAGAGGAGAUAUUCUGCCGCGUUCCGGCUACAUCUUUGCAACGGUUACGAUCUACUUGCAAACAAUGGAACCUUUUAUUCAACGACAUGAGAUUCACAAGAAAACACUUCCAUAAAGCCCCAAGACAAUCUCUUAUUCUCAUGUUGAAGAAGUUUGGGUUUUCUUUGAUCAACAUCAAUCUCCACAGAGUUUUACCUAUAGAGUUCACUGGUGAACUUAGCCUAAUAAACCCUUAUUCAAAAUUAGAUCUCAUGAUCUCUCAAUACUGUGACAGUUCUGACGGCUUAUUGUUAUGCGUCAGCAAAGAUGCUAUGCUCGUGGUAUGGAACCCGUGUACCGGUCAAACCAAGUGGAUCCAACACAGAUUGAGUGGCUACAGCUACACCUAUGCUCUUGGAUCCUACCAAGACAAAAAAUCUGGCAAUAAUAGCUACAAAAUAUUGAGCUACAAGUUUUAUGGUGACCCAGAAUUCGAAAUUUAUGACAUUAACUCAAAUCUAUGGAGGAGUCUUGAUGUCACUGUGGACUGCACCUAUAGGUACAUUGGGAACGUGUCUUUAGAGGGAAAGACUUACUGGUUUGCUAGAGAUGAAAAAGAGACAACGCUUUGCCUAUUAUCCUUAAUCAGUUUUGAUUAUACAACAGAAAGAUUUGAACGUCACUGUCUCCCGUCUCAAUAUCAUGGUUACCAAAACGUCUCUAUAUCUCUUGUCGGAGAAGAUAAAUUUGCCGUGUUACUACAACCGAUAUAUGCAUUGAAGACAGAGAUAUGGGUGACAAAUAAGAUUGGCAACAAGACCAAAGUGUUGUCGUGGAUCAUCUUAGCGGUGGAUCAUUUGAAGGUGGAACUUCGUUUCCACGUAAAAUUCUUGGUAGAUGAGGAGAAGAAACUCUUCGUGUUUACUCAAUACGCAAAACAAAGUUGCAAAAGCAUGGUAUACAUCGUUGGAGAGGACAAUGAAGUUAGGGAAGUCGCUUUUGGAGACGAAUAUAGACCAUUUUUGUUUAAUUAUGUUCCAAGUUUGACUCAAAUUCAGCAAGGUAAUGAUUAA